CUCUAUUGAUUCAUACAGAGGUGUUCAUACAGAGAAGUCCUGUCCUGCAUCACAAUGAAGCUUUUGGUGCUUCUUCUGCUCGUGGGCGUGGCCAAUGCCAUGUAUUAUUCCAACUGUGAGCUGGCGAGUACUCUCCAAGCAGCUGGAAUGGACGGCUAUAAUGGUGUCAGUCUGGCCAACUGGGUUUGCUUGGCAUUUUCUGAAUCCAGCUACAACACUCAGGCCAUCGACUACGACUCUGACGGCUCCACUGACUACGGCAUUUUCCAGAUCAAUGAUCGUUGGUGGUGUUCCAAUGGCGUGUUCCCCAGCUACAAUGGCUGUGGCAUUUCCUGCAGUGAGCUGAUGACUGAUAACAUCUCUGCUGAUAUUGCCUGUGCCAAGAUCAUCGUGGACCAGCAGGGCAUCUCCGCAUGGGUGGGCUGGCAAAACAACUGCGAGGGCCAAGACGUGAGCCAGUACAUCGCAGGUUGUAGCCUUUAAAUGAAGACCACAGCGUGCUGCACUACAAGCUGAAUAAAAUGCAUUUUGUUGGAGAGUAAAAAGAAAUAAAAUGGUAAAUAAAUAAAAGAGAAGAAAUAAAAGCAUUGAAUAAGCACUCA